AAUAGUAAUCAGACUUUACAGCCAACUCACAACCAGAGCACACAGGACAGUUUUCAGAGGGGUUUAAAACAGAGGAUAGUUCUAAGGGAAGCCAGUUCUAUUCUCAGGAAGAGGAAAACACUUAAUCUAUGUUUCGCUUCCAUCAUUAAUUGUGUUACUGCAGGACAAGGAGCCCUGGUAACAGACCAAGACCCCACUGUGCUAGCAACAAAAGCAGAUUCUCCAGAGUAAAGAGACCUCCCCCAUACUUCAUAUGGUUUGCAGGUGCACCAUCAGUCUCAAUCUGUACAGCCACACCAUGGGUAGAACAUGCAGAAGGUCUGCUUCCAUUUUAAGGGGGUAUUUAAGUCAGAAAGCUGUAAAGCAGGAUAGAGUUGCCCGUACCCUCCAAGGCUCACCACCUGGGCAUGUUUAAAGAUGCUUGUAAGUUUUGUUUGGGAUGAAGAACAUUUCUCAAGGUCGGUGGCAUUAAGGAUGUUCUGCAGAGGGCAAGAACAGAAGGUACAAUGUCUUAGUGCCUCCAGGCAGGUGCCUGAUACGGAGCAUUGUACAACCUGUUCCAAGAGCUUGCAAUGCAAGAAUGAAAUAGGAAGGACUCACAGGUGUAAGCAGCUUCAGGAGAAUUCACACAGAACCCUUUCUGUAGAUUAGUUGACUGGGGAUGAACAUUUGAUACAAAUUAAUUAGCAGAAUUUGAAGACCACUGGGGUAACCUGGUGGCAGAAGGUGGUUAUUGAGAAGUUGGUGUCAGGCUGGAGGACACUUCUGUUUGCAGCAGCGACAACUAUACAGGCCAAGUGGGUGAAAGGCCGGCAGGGUUUGCUUUCUGCUGUGGUCAGAUUUAUACUUAGCUCAGCUGGCUUGUUGCAUGGUUCCAGCAGGGUCAAGGCUGCCUCUAGCAACCAGGAAAGGAAACUUUCUUCUUCUUAGACACAGGAAGUGAAAAGCCACUUCUUGGUAUUUUAGCUGCCACUUAGAUUAUUGUGCUCUGUUCUUCCCUUCCUGUGCCAGACCUUCAGUCAGGACACUUUGAUAAAGAGAACAGCCCCAAAGGCUCUACAAGAUCCCUCCCCCGCCUCUACUGGUCGCUCAUCAGCCUGACAGCUUUCGAUCUUGACCCCACCCCAUUCCCAGUUUCCAUAUGGCCCAGGUUAGCAGUAAGGGGCUAGCAAGAGUGGAGACUUUCACAAAGCAGCGCCAUUCCACACAGGCACUAAUACUCAGCAAAAGCACAGCACUUGUCAUCUUCAAAGCACUUCAUAAACCUCCCACCAGCCAUCCAGUGGUCAGAUCCCAGGUUUGGUGGUGGUGGAUGUAGUGUUCUGAAACCUAGAUUCCCUCCUGAUUCUAAAUGAAUCUGUGUCAUACCAGCCCGUCUGCCCUGUGCUCAUCCUGCUUUCCCCACCUCCUCCUGGCCCGGCAUUCUGCCUCUUACCCCAGUACCCCUCCUCUACUAUAAACACUGCACUGCUAGAACAGCGGAGCCCUUUCCAAGCCCAGCGAGCCACCCCCUGUUCAUGCACUAUGGAUCCCAGGAUAACCCGAUUGUGCCCCCGAAAUCCCAGUGUGGCAGUGCACAAAGAAUCGGUACAUGGGCAGUAAAUCAAGCCCAGAAUGUCCUGACCACCCCUAAUAUGGCACCCGGGCAAAGCUCAGCAGGGGGAGACGUUAAGAUAGGCACUUUCUUAAACCAUCCUUUUCCUCACUGAUAUGCAUUCCCACCCCCAAACCCAAGCAAGACAUACAACCCUGGACCAAACAGCCACACACUCCCUGUUCCCGCCUUCAAGAUAUACAUCCCCUGCCCAGCUAUGAAAAUCCACCCAGCUCCCGCCCUCAUAUUCUGGAGCCACCCAAAAGAUGUUCCAGAUUUGUUUCAUCACCAAAGACAUGGUCACACUAAUAUCCUCCCUGCUAGCUGGUCUCCAGUGCAGCUGGAAGAGCUGGAGGUGCCGGUUACACUGCUCUGCAUGCCAGACUGAAAGGCGGAACACUGGGCCUAGCGCAGCCAUCCAGUGAAUUAAGAAUCCGGUUCCUGGGAUUCGUAGCUGCUUCCAGCAAUGCCCCAGACCUCCUGGGAUCCUGUCUCUUUAAAAUUUCUUUAGUGCAGAGAAUGAUUGACAAAGGAGUCGGCCAGCACUUCCUGAUCAGAUCAUACACUAAGAAGUAACUAGGGUAGGAAGCAGCAGAGGAGAGGGAAAACAGUAGCUGAAGCCAGCCUGGGGCCAGCGAAUCCUCAGGGAACUGAGCACCAAGGCUCCCCACGCCCCACUUGCAGACAGCCAAGUUUUGCCAAGGCAAAGAGCGUGCCAGGAGAGGAACUCCCCAGCUCCACCUCCUCCUCCCCUAGCCUGCAGAGAGGGCAGGCUCGGCAGCAGUGCACAGGGGGAAUCUGUGCCUUCAUGACUGCACAGCCUGCCUGGAGUUUGUGUAUCAGCUGAUGAGAAGCUGGAGCAGCAGGAAGGGAAGCGAAGCGGCCUGGCUCAGCCCAGGCUUGGUAAGGCAGAGAAAUGCACCCUGAGAAGAUAAUGGGAGAGACCCACGGCCAGUACUGGCUACCAGGGAAAGUUACGGACUGACUGACUCAGAGCACCGGUUGCUGACUGAGACCUUCUGGUGCUCCGGAUUACAGCAACCCAAUGCACUAGGGAGGGGCCCCCAGCUGGGGGGAGACAGACACGGCCAUGGCUGUAUCAUGAACUAUUACACGUGGGCUCUGGUUGCUGUUAUUAAAAGGAAAGAGGAAUCACCCUGCCCACUUUGUGACUGCACCGCUGCAGACUGCGCCUUGCCAGGAGCCAGUGCACAGAGAGCCUGGGUUCCGCAAUACGACACGGGUGCAAGUAACCAAUGUGCGAAGCGUGUGGCCUGGCAAGCACAGGACUGGGAGCCAGCAAUUUCUAACCUGUAGCCCCAGCUGUGUCACCAAAGCACUCAGAGGCCUUGCACACUGGCUAAGUAUGGACAUGUGACCUACCUCACAGGGCCGUCAUGAGAACUAGCUCACGUUUGUGAAGGGCACUGAGGAAAAGCACUAGGUAAGUGCUGAGAACUUCUAGAGGAGGAAAAAAAGCUUUAAACAGACGGCCAUUCCGGCCAGCAUAGGUUUGGUAAUUGCAGCAACUUCAGCUCACACAGUUUUGGACCUUCUUCAAAUCCAAAACUCGAGACACAACUAAGUGACUUUUGCUCAGCUUUGCUGCAUCACCUGUGGGCAAGAAGGGUUUAAUUGGAGAGGGGACAAGUGGAUGGCACUGAACAGGGACUCUGCUACUAAGGAGACAAGGGUCACAUAAGAGAAAGACUGAAUCACCCCCUCUCUCUAGUGGAGGAAUAAGGAGAGAAGAGAAGGUCCCAGAGUCAACUGGAUGAAUUUGAUGGAUGUGUUUCUUUGAGGCAUUCUGAGGGUUAAGAGGUUUCACACUUGGGGUGCAGGGGUUUUAGAGCAUUGGUCGCACUUUGCACUUCUCUGUCUGCUGAACUUCGAGAGGGGAUGAAGCAGGAAGAGGAGGAGGUGGUUGUGAGGAUAGAGGAGGAAGAGGUUGGUAACGCAGGAGCGCGGAGAGGUGCAGUGCCCGCCCGCACACACCAUGGCAGGGGAGUGAGAUUUUCUGAGGUGUGGGAGUACUUCCACCUUGCCCCACCCCGGACUGGUCACCACCCCAGCCAAUAUGCUGCCUGCAGGCUCUGUGGCCGACAGGUCAGCCGUGGUCCAGGGCUGAACGUUGGGACCACCGCUCUGUGGAAACACCUGAGGAGCAUGCAUAGAGAGGCGCUGGAGAAGAGUGGACACAGGCAGGUCAACCAAUGCCCAGUGGCGCACUUGCCUGUGGUACAGCACCAGCCAGUCGCAGAGGGGGAAUGGGCUCACCUCAUGGAGCAGAUGGGGGCGCUGGCUCUGCGUGCCAGCCAGCGGGAGAGGGAAGUGGAGAAGAGGGAGAAGGCCGUGGAGCGGCGCGAGAGGGCCGUGGAGCGGCGCGAGAGGGCCGUGGAAGAGGAGGAGAAAUCUCUGACAGAGAGGAUGCUGAGGAUGAAGGCUGAGGAGGUUCAGGUGCGGCUGAAAGGCACAUGCGAGAGGGAAAGUGCCCUGGCCUCAGCUGCUGCUCUCCCCAUGCAUUUUGUGUAGGAAUACUUGGGUUGUGAGACUAAGAACACCACCCAGGCAGGUGACUGAGGCAACAUUUUAAGACCUGGAGUGAACUGUCUUGACUAUGUUCCAGGCCUCUGAGCUGCGAAACAGAACCACCAAUCUCCCUGAUUCCCUUCAGCCUCGGACAGCCUCCUUCUGAAACAAAAGGCACAGAUCUUGCAUGUUCAAAGCUGGGCCAAACAAUUAUAUGGCUCCUGGUUUCUGACACUGAGGAAUACGGAGCUCCACCAGGCACACGCAGUCUCAACAAAAGCCCCGCACAAGCAAUGCUGCGAGUGGACUCCGCCAGUCAUGGCCCUAGCAGGCCUACGAUGUGGUCAGUCAAACCUCUGGUUAGGAGACCAGUUUGAAACCAAACCGAAGUCUCAGAAGACACCUGCCUAUGCAUAGGGCACAGAGGAUCUGACGACCCAGGAAAGAUUCCAGUGAAACUCUGCUAGUUUUCAUUACUAGGCUCAAAACCAACCUAGCCAAGUUUCACACAGUUUCCAGCGAUGCAAUAAAGUCCUCACACCACUUUUACUGAUAUUGACUUGGGACCACAAAAAUAUUUCUUCAUCUUGUUUUCUUAAGCAUGCUUAUCACAGAAUGUAAUUGUAACAGAAGUUAAAAGAAUCCCAUUGGAUGGACUGUGCAAAUAGAGGGGACAGUAAGUACUGAAAAUGAAAGUUUGUGAAAAGACUCUCCAAACACAUGCAGGUACCAUUCAGAUGGACAUGCAAGACUGUUUGGCUAGUCUCAUACAGGGACUUUGGCUUUGUCUACAUGGGAAAGUUAUAUCAAUUCAGCCAAAUUGAUAUGGCAUCCUUAAGCCAAAAUAAGCAUCUUCCCAAGGGGGCUGCACAGAUUUCACUAAAUCAGUGCAGUUCUCGUGCAGAUAAGGCCUUUGGCCGGGGUAGUCAAUAAGUGGACCGUAGGCCAAAUCCCGACCAGAUGCUUUUCGGCAGACUGCGCAGGCUGAAACUGGAGCCGCAUCCACUCCCCUGCACAGGGUCCCCAAGCACAGAGCUGGUGACCACAGUGUUCCCCUGGGCGGUUGCUUGUGCAGCCUCAGCCCCACCAGCAGCAGUGCAGGGAUGGGGCAGGGGGGUGAGUGGCAACAUUUAGGAGGGGAUGUCUGCACCCCCCCGCCCCCCCCCCCCCACACAGUCUAAUAUGUCUCCACUAUGCCAUGCGCCUCCAAUCAGGAAGCGAUGGGAGUGGAAUGUGCUCAUUCUGCAGCCCAGAGGGCAGCACUGUCUGGGCCCUAAUUCAAAUUCUUCUCUGCAUUUCCUGGAGACAGUGAGGUUGGCUGGGCCAUGGAGUUGCAGUUUGUGGGCCUCGGGCCCUACCUGGCAACCCAGCUGGUAAGUGCCUGACAGGAUCCUGCAGCACCCAUUUGUGCCGGGGCACCAAGCACAGCGCACGCACACACACCCACACCCCAGGUGCUCCCCAGAGCCUCCCACCCUGGCUUUGUCUCCUCCCGACCCCGUGUUUCAGGGCCAGUCCCCAGAGCCCUCUCCAGCCUUCCCCCCCACACACACCCCAAUCAGCCUCUUUCCCUUCCCAUUCUGUCGCCUUCAGUCACCCACUACUGCCAUAUCCUGGCCUCCCCAGGCCUGCUCUCUGGAGUCUCCUUGGUCCCUCCCACUAUCUAGAGCCUCCUUUCUACCCCCCCGUUAUUCCAGCCUCCGCUAGGGCCUUUCACUGCUAGCUGGAUCAUAGUCCAAUAGCUUCACCUCCUGACUCCGAGCUCAGAAGUAUUCACAAACAUUCACACCUUGUUUUGCUGCCCAGAUCCCAGCCCAGAUCCAUUCCUCUUCCACCUGCCCCCAUCUCUGCAACUUGGCUCAACUGGGGACACAAAGGAACGUUGCUGGGGGAGGAGAGAAGCAGCAACACCAGGUGGCUCAGACCAGCCCCUGCAUCCAGUUUUCAGUUUAGGGAAAGAAGGUCACUCUACUCUCCAGGGAGGGACCUGGGUGGGGGUCUGGACCUUGACUAUACCUUGACCAAAAAAUAAUUGAUCACCCCUGCCUUAGGUGCUGUCCACAUGAGAACAAAACCCUAGCAGCUACACAUCUGAAGCAGGGUCCUGCCAGAACCUUACAUGAUCACACUGUAGCUAGCUACAGCUAGUUUUCAAUACUGUUCUCACCAGUAUGCAGAGGUACUUGCUUUCCUGGGUAUCCCUGCUAGCAGACACCUAAAUUGCAGACCCAGUACCCUACCAGGUUUCCAUCAUAGGUUAUUCACAUAGUUAUACACUGCACAGACCGUGAAAAUCAUGAUAAGACUAACAGUAUUUGAAAAUUGUUGCCAACACUGUUGUAAACUUCUGCUAACGUGGACAGGACCAAAGAUGGAACUGGACGGAGGGAGGAGGCCUGCAAUAUGUAUUUGACACCUCUGCUUUGAUACCUUGGAUUAUCAGUGAGAGAACACCACCCCCAUUUGUUAUUUUCUGUUAAUAUAUGAGAAACUGACCUGGAAAAGAGAAACAUUUACACUUUUGUUAAAAGCAAGUGAGGGGGCGGUGGGGAAGAAGGUGAAUUGUUGAAUAGCUGAACCUGAAAUGGUGGUUAUACUUGCUUAUCAAUAAAGUCUGGAAUGGUUUAAAUGCAACUGUUUCCUGCAGACAAUUUCCUAGGUCUCAUGUCUGCAAAUCAGAGAGGGCAAGCACUCAGCACAGAAUGGGAGAAAAUGUUUUUUUCUGCAUUAGCAGAAAAAAAAAGCAGUAUUGUUCUGUUUAUACUGCAUCUAGGAUGAUGGGGUCCGUGACUGGUAAUCUGUUAAAACAAGGACAGUAUCCUAAUUGACCCAGCCCUACAGACCAAAGGAACUCAGGCAAGGGUCAGCAAUUCCCCCCCGAAUUACCAGGUGUACGAAUGAAACGUAGGCAAGAGUAAUUCAUUCCCCCCCGCAAUGCUUACA